CGGGCGGGGCCAGAGGACCGGAAAAGCUGGCGCUGGAGUCGGGAGCGGGAGUGGCUGCCCCCGCGCGGGCUGCGAGGCGGCGGGUGUCGGACCGCGCACGACCCCAGGGAUGGGCCAGCGGCUGUGAGGGGAGCCCCUCUGGACCCAGCUGUAGUGAACAUGUUUCGGAAAGGCAAAAAGCGGCACAGUAGUAGCAGCUCGCAAAGUAGCGAGAUCAGUACUAAGAGCAAGUCUGUGGACUCCAGCCUCGGGGGCCUUUCUCGGUCCAGCACUGUGGCCAGCCUCGACACCGACUCCACCAAAAGCUCAGGACAAAGCAACACCAACUCGGACGCCUGUGCGGAAUUCCGAAUAAGAUACGUCGGUGCCAUUGAGAAACUGAAGCCCUCGGAAGGAGAAAGCCUUGCAGGGCCGCUGGACCUGAUAAAUUACAUCGAUGUUGCCCAGCAAGAUGGCAAGCUGCCCUUCGUGCCCCUGGAGGAGGAGUUCAUCAUGGGCGUCUCCAAGUACGGCAUCAAGGUGUCCACGUCCGACCAGUAUGACGUGCUGCACAGGCACGCGCUCUACCUGAUCAUCCGCAUGGUGUGCUACGACGACGGCCUGGGGGCGGGGAGGAGCCUGCUGGCGCUGAAGACCACCGACGCCAGCAGUGAGGAGGUCAGCCUGUGGGUGUACCAGUGCAGCAGCCUGGAACAAGCACAAGCCAUCUGCAAGGUCCUGUCCACCGCCUUCGACUCGGUGCUGAUGGCUGAGAAGGCGUGAGGCUGCCACCAGCGGAGGUCGGCAUCGUGGGGAGGGCGGGCCGGUGCUCCCUACACUGGUUUUCAUUCUGCAGCGCGGACCAAGCAUGCAAGCACGGUGACCCGGUUCUAGGUUUUCUGGCAACACAUCGGCCAUUUGUUUUUCUAUUAAAAUGUGUCUUAUUAACCGCGAGUGAGUGCAGUUACGAUCGGGACUAAGAAAGAAACCUCACUUGUCGCUUUUAAACACAAACGAGGCUCGCCCUUUAGGGCCCAGAGGUGCCUCGGGGAACAGUGAGGGCUGAGGACGUCGGAGGAGGCCUGAGGCCGUGGUGUCUCUGGCCCAGCGCUCUGGCCGGGGGACACAGCACACGACACAGCGGACAGAGCCGCACGGUUAGACGGCACACACAGACGCUCACGUACGGCAGGCUGGUCAGGGAAGGGCGGGUUUUCGUACACAGCGUCUGAACGAUUAAAAACAAAGCUGACACCACGUCCAUUUAAAAGCAUUUUAUUUUUCCUAGUCCGAUGACUAGUCACCAGGAAGAGGAGACUUAUUGACAUGCUCUAGGUAUAAACCACUGCAUGGCGGACAAUGAAAAUAAGGAUUUAGGUUAUACAGUAUGUACAGUUGCGCUGCAACUAGACCAAAGGGAUGGAGGGGGUGACUUGAAUAUCAUACAUCUCCGAGCAUUUCCACACGCACCAGAGCCCACCCCCGCAGAGCACGCGGACGAUCCCGAAGCGAAGUUCACGACACAGACCUGGAGUAUAAAUAGGUAUCUACAACGCUUUCCUUCCUCUCACUUGCUUUAAUUUAUUUAUUUGCAGAGAGCAAAUAAGUAGGAAAGGCUAUCAGCAGGGAAGUGUGUGAUUUCUCCUCUGACAAGAGUCCUAUUCAUGAGUCAUAUGCACAACAGCACCACCGCACUGUGGACUGGGAGUGGUAUCGGAAUGAACCCUCUCACAGCUGGCACCGAGGAGUCAAAGGUGGGUUGCGAGAGGCAGAGGUGGAGGGGCUGUUACAGGAAGUGCACAGUGCAAAACACAUCUGUUCGCUUCCUUAAAUCUGCGACAAACUUAACUAGACGGAGGGUUCAAACAACAGAAGUUAACAAUCAGUGAAAAUGAUGUAGUGCUCUAAA